GGUGGUGCCUUGGCUCCCCCUCCACGGGCACCCUUGAGCGAAGGAGAGGAACUUGUUUGUCUGGCUCUCCGUCCUCGCACACAAAGCAGCACCGGGUGUAUUUCUAGAAUCGCCAUCUCUCAGGCUUCCUCUCCUGGGGCUUGGGUUCUCAUAUACACGCAUGGUGCCACUGCCCGUUCUUGGCAUUGGAAGUCUCAGCUGCCCCGAUUGGUGCUCCGUUGGCUUGACCGGACCCAGGCGAGGAACAAUCUGAAAGGACCUUGUUUUGGAAAAACAACAACAAAACAUCUCGGCACCUGCUUGUCCCUGAGAUAAACGGGUCCAGAAGGCCAGGCAUCCGGACCUUCCCGAGAGACGAUGGAGCCAAGCACCACCCCGGGGGCCCCUGGGGCCACCACCACCGGCGGAUGGGAGGCUUCCCCCGGACAGACCUUGGAGGCUGUGGAUAUCGCGGUCCUGGUCUUCUACUUUGUCUUCGUUCUGGCCGUAGGGCUCUGGUCCAUGUGGAAGACAAAAAGAAGCACCGUGAAGGGCUACUUCCUCGCCGGAGGCCAGAUGGUCUGGUGGCCAGUGGGAGCUUCCCUCUUUGCCAGUAACAUCGGCAGCGGGCACUUCAUCGGCCUGGCAGGCUCUGGGGCAGCUUCGGGCAUUGCCGCCAUCGCCUACGAGUGGAGCGGCAUGUUCUGUGUUCUAGUGAUGGCAUGGCUGUUCCUUCCCAUCUACAUUGCAGCCGGGGUGACGACCAUGCCAGAAUAUCUGCAGAGACGGUUUGGGGGCAAACGGAUCCCGAUCUUCCUAGCCAUUCUCUACUUGUUUAUCUAUAUUUUCACGAAAAUCUCAGUGGACAUGUACGCCGGAGCCUUGUUCAUUCAACAGGCUUUGCACUGGGAUCUCUAUGUUGCUGUCGGAGGUCUGCUGGUCAUCACCGCCAUUUACACUGUCGCAGGUGGCCUGGCCGCUGUGAUCUACACGGACACCCUGCAGACCGUCAUCAUGCUGGCUGGCGCCCUGACGCUGAUGGGGUUCAGCUUUGCCAAGGUUGAUGGAUUUGAAGACCUGCAGAACCGAUACUUCAAGGCCAUCGCCAGCAACCACGCAAGGAACAGCAGCUGCGGUUUGCCGAGAGAAGACGCUUUCCACGUCCUCCGGGACCCCAUCACGUCUGACGUGCCCUGGCCUGGCGUCCUGAUCGGAUGGACCAUCCCGUCGUUGUGGUACUGGUGCACAGACCAGGUCAUUGUGCAAAGGUCUCUGGCAGCCAAAACCCUCUCUCACGCCAAGGGAGGGGCCCUGCUGGCUUCCUACCUGAAAAUCCUGCCCCUCUUCAUGAUGGUUUUCCCUGGCAUGAUCAGCCGGAUCCUUUUUCCAGAUCUUGUCGCCUGUGCAGAUGCGGAGAGCUGCAAAAGGGUCUGUCGCAACCCGUCGGGGUGUUCGGACAUUGCCUACCCCAAGCUGGUGAUCGAGCUGCUCCCUCUGGGGGUGAGGGGACUCAUGAUGUCCGUCAUGAUUGCAGCGCUGAUGUCCUCUCUGACCUCCAUCUUCAACAGCGCGAGCACCAUCUUCACCAUGGAUCUGUGGCGGCAGUUCCGGCCGCUCUCCUCCGAGUGGGAACUCAUGAUCGUCGGCAGGGUGUUUGUCGUCCUCCUCGUGGUCAUUUCUAUCUUGUGGAUCCCGCUGGUGCAGGCCAGCCAAGGCGGGCAGCUCUUCAUUUACAUCCAGACCAUCAGCUCCUACCUCCAACCCCCCGUGGCCAUCGUCUUCCUCCUCGGCUGCUUCUGGAAGCGGACGAACGAAAAGGGCGCGUUCUGUGGCCUUUUGGUUGGAAUGGCCAUCGGUCUGAUCCGGAUGGUUCUAGAAUUUGUCUACCAGGAGCCGCUGUGUGGUCACCCGGAUGACCGGCCCGUUGUGGUGAAAAAAGUGCACUAUCUGUACUUCUCCAUGCUGUUGGCGUUGAUCUCCCUGAUCGUGGUGGUAGUGGCGAGCCUCCUGACCGAGCCUCCUCCGGAAGAAAGGAUCCACCGUCUGACGUGGUUCACGCGCAAGGACGUUCCGAUGGAGAAGGAGGUCCCGCCGGUCUCUCAGGGUCUCCCGUCCGUCCCUGCGGAUAAAAUCCACGAAGCCGACCUCCCUCCUUUGGCCCAGUUUGAGAUCAGCGAUGGCCCCCCAUCCGCCUACAACAGCGGCGCCUGUCCCUUGGAGGCUAAGAAGGCCUCGAAGCUGAUGACUUUGUUUCUGUGGGUCUGUGGGAUGGAGCGCGAAGGGAAGGACACGCCAGCGCCAGAGAUGACCUCUGAGAGGAAAACAGACGCCGCCACGGCACCACGGGACGACCCCCCCUGGGUGAAGCAUGUCCUGAACCUCAACUUGCUCCUGAGCCUGUGCGCCUGCGUCUUCCUUUGGGCUUACUUUGCGUAGUCUCUGGUCGCGCCUCGGAAAGGGACCACGGCCGCUCAGCCCUAGACAGUGCUGGAAUUCUGCUAAGAAUUGCCAAGAGAGACUAUAAUCCUUAAGAUAUGUAUUUAUGUACUGUUUUUAAAAACUGCAAGUAAAGAAAUUGCUGGAUUCCUCGCA